AUGCGGCUUGAAAAGUUAUGCGUUGCGAUGUUCAGGUUCCGGCGACGCAGCGGGCUUUCCGAGCUGUUUUGGGCCAAUCACACUCGCCGCAAGGGGAUGGGCUCCGUCAGCUCCUGCUUUCUCCACAACAUCAUCAUCCGUGAUUCCAAGGCAAAUGGACCAAUGUCUCCUACUACUACUCACAAGUGUCUCAUCUCCUACCCUCGGUCGCAAAUACCGCGACGGCAAAGAAUGGCCUCGAAUCUGCUGCCACAGGACUUCAAAAUCAUAUCGUCUUUACGCUACGAUCCUGCACUUUUAACGAUAGGCAAGCGGACAGCGGCAAGAACUUCACCCGAUCCAUUAACCACACCGUAUUAUCUCCUCCCUUAUCAUCAAGAACGCCUCCGAAAUGCAGCGGCAUGUUUCAGCUGGGGAAAUGCUCUCACCUUUCUGAAACAAGACACAAAUCAGUUCGUCGAGUUUCUGGACACCUUCAUUCCGGAUAUUUCCAAGCCAUGGCGCCUCCGAAUACUCCUCGAUAGCACGGGCACUUGCGAGGUUGAGGUCAACCCGACGACAUCGAUAAAUCCGCUGAAUUUUCUAACUCCAUUCGAAACGGACCUCCAGUCUACGGCCUGGCGUGUAUACAUUGAUUCCGAACGCAUAUCCCCCUCUGCAUUCACCACACACAAGACUACGACUCGCGACUUUUACACAGCUGCGCGUCUUCGAUCGGGAAUAGUUUCUUUUGUAGAGCCUGCGGAAGUUCUUCUGGUAAAUCCGGCGGGUGAGAUCAUGGAAGGAAGCAUUACAACACCAUACUUCAGGCGACGAGAUACGACGGAUGGGGAGGGAAAGCCGGCUUGGAUUACACCGCCGCUUUCCAGCGGUGGCAAUGCGGGUACCACGAGGCAAUAUGCUUUAGCACAAGGAUUCUGCACUGAGGAGGCAAUUGCAGCUACUGACCUAGUGGAUGGCGAGGAGUGUUGGCUCAGUAAUAGUGUCCGAGGGGAGUUGAGAAUCCAGAAAUCCCGGACCCCGAUGAGACACCAGGCCUUCCCCAUCGCUCAUGUUGGGAGGCCACGUCAGAGUCCGACUGUACUGCACCCGAUUAUGAUGAAAGGCUGUUAUGAGAUGCAGCAUAUCCAAAACGAGCAGGUACUAGUAGUAGUUGAUAGUACUGGUAGAGUCAAAAAGCUUGGCUGUCAUGGCUCCUCCGUUUCGUCGCAAAACGGCACUGAUAGUACUAGCAGUACUGGUACUGGUAAGUACUUAAUAUAUAGUAUUGAAGCUCUACUACUGAAAAGUAAUACUCCGACUGUAGUAGUAGUAGUAGUAGUAGUAGUAGUACUUGCGGCAUAG